AAGGCCCAGGGUCACCGCAAGAGUUGUCCCACUGUCACACGGCAGCUGCUGCCCCUUCGUGGGGCUGGGCAAGGAUGGCCAGCCCUGUGUUUUUGUCAGAGUCCUCCACUUGAAGCUGGCUCUGAUGCUUGUUUUACUCUCCACCGCCUCCUCGACCAUAAAUAACCGGGAUUAGCGGACCGAGAUCAGCCAGGAGAAGACACGAUCACGCUGCCGGGGGUGGCGGUCGGAGGACGACCGGCGAAGCUUCGCUCCCGUAGCAGCGCUGAUCUGUCGGAGGCACCCGCGUUCUCCGGAACGCCGAGCACCCCGGCGCCCCCCGGCACGGCUCAGCGCACCUGCACCGCCCGCCCGGCCCCCCGCGGCGGGCAGGGCCGGGCCGCGGUGCCACCUCCUCCUCCCGCCCCCUGUGCCUCAGCCCCGACCCGGCCGGGCUAUAAGAACCGGCGGCGGCGGGGCCGCGCUGCCCAUGUUGGCGGCGGGCUGAGGGGCAGCGGCGGCGGGGCGCCAUGAAACCGCCUCAGGCGCAGCGGCCGGCGGGUCAAGCGCUGGGGGAGGACGGCGGCGGGGACCUGGCGGAGGCGCUGGGGGAGUUCGACGCGGUGCUGGCGGAGUUCUCCUGCCCCGCCGGCCGGCGCCGCUUCUUCUACGGCGAGCACCUGGAGCGCAUGAAGCGGCGGAGCAGCGGCAGCGUCAGCGACGGCAGCGGCCUCAGCGACUCCGAGAGUGAGUGUUCGACCAUCGGUGCGGCCGUCUGUCCCGGCCGUGUCCCGGCCCUGUGCGGCGGGAGGGAAUCCAAAGCGGGUGCGGAUUCACUCUACAGAAAUAGUUUCAGCUUCAGUGAUGAAAAGCUGAACUCUCCAAGUGUAUCUGCUCCAAGCUUGCCAUCUCCAUCAGUAACUCCGUGUAAAGCAAAGCUUGGAGACACAAAAGAACUGGAAGACUUCAUUGCUGAUCUUGACAGGACACUAGCAAGUAUGUGAAAUGAAUCUUUGGCGUUGUGCUUGCCUGCAAAUGUCUUCUGAAGGAUAAGUGACACCUGUCACUGAGAACUGCUGCCCUUGUCCGAUAACUUUGCUACCCAAGAUAUUUACCCUCUGAACAUAACCUUUGGAAACUCCUACAAGUAUUUAACUGGCAACAUCAGUCUUGUUACUUUGCAGCAGAUGGAGUUAUAUAACUUAAGUGUUACAGCUGUAUUUUGCUUUAAAAUAUAGCUUGAAUUUUAAUUUAAAGUUGCUUUUAUGAAAAUAUAUUUGUAAUUUUAUAUAGUUGAGAACUUUUAAUGCUUUUUCCAUUAUAAUAUAUUUUUGUAUGCAAAUAAACCCUGAACUGGAAUCCAGAUGUCUGAAGGCUUCAUAUGAACAUGUGAACUCUGAAACAUAAAUACAAAUUAGGCUCUUAUUGAAAACGUCAAACUUUAAAAUAUCUGGUAAGGGUGUAUUUCCUGUUAGGCAAAAUGUAUUGUGCUGGCUUCAUGUGGAACUUCAUAUUUUUCUUUUCAAAUUGCUUAAAUAAGAGUUUUGUACUAUGUAAAAUUAAUACAAUCAGGAAAAUAAUAAAAUUGGUCAAACUGUUA